AUAGCAAAUCAUUGAUUGCAAUGAGCGAGAAGGAGAGGUUGUCUGCUCCACUGCUCCACAUCACAGAUAACUAUCAGACAGUCGGGCUCGUAGCAGCCGCGGACCCCGCUUACCGUGCGCUCCCGAGUAAGAUGGUCUGUUCCCUUUCUGAACUGUGCGGAUACUGCUGUGGACAAUAAUAUUAACAAGUGUGGAAUCUGCACGCUGAUUUGUUCUGUAUUAAACACGUUGCCAAAGGCGCCUCUUCAAGCAUAUCACCUCAUAAGUGCAGAAGGACAGCUCCCCUGACCUGCAUUCCCCUGAUGACUGGCGCUAUGGAAGACCACACAGGCUGGUCUACGCUGUAGGAUGGUAGCGCACAGUAACGUGGCAGAUAAUGCAGUAGCUGAGAGCAGAGCCAGAGACCAACCCCAGAACCACGAGGCACCCCGGCGGCACAGAGAAGCCCUCCCGGACCCCCAGAACCACGAGGCACCCCGGCGGCACAGAGAAGCCCUCCCAGACCAGGACCGCUUCCCCAUCUUCCAGAGCGACCAGGACUUCAAAACCAUCACUGAGACCACUGCUCUGCUGGAGAGAUCCGGCUUCUACUGGGGGCCCCUGUCAGUGGAGGAGGCGCACGCCAAACUCAAAGCAGAGCCCCUGGGCACCUUCCUCCUCAGGGACAGCAGCCAGAAGAACUACUUCUUCACCCUGAGCAUGAAGAUGCAAUCGGGAGCCACCAGCGUGAGGGUCAGCUUCAAGAGCUCGCGCUUCAGCCUGGUGGGCAGCAAGGAGUCCUUCGACUGUCUGUUCAAGCUGCUGGAAUAUUACACCAGCUGCCCCAAGAAGAGCCUGGGGAAGCCUCUGCGGAAAGAGAGGCUGCAGCCUUUGCAGGAGCUCUGCCGGAAAAGGAUUAUCCAGACUUUUGGCAGGGAGAAUGUGGACAGUAUCCCCGUGAACGCUGUGCUCAAGGACUUCUUGAGCUCCUUCCCGUUUCAGAUAUGAUGACGGGACACCAAGCAUUACAUCCCUGCCCUGCGGCGGCGCGGGACAGGCUCUCGAACCCGGGUCCUGCCGUCCGGGUCUGCGAGUCUGAAUGCCGUUAUUUUUGUAGCAGAGUACAGUAUUCUGUAAUGAGACUUGAACACUCGAGACUGAAAGUUUACACACCCAGUGAAUGUUUACACUAUCCAGGGCUGGUGGGACCCUGCUGCUAUCUCUCUGCUGUGCAGAAUCAUGCAUUUUUAUUGUUUUCUUGUGAAAAUAAAUUUUGUAUGAAUUUUAAAACG